CAGGUUCGUGAAUUAUCUCUGUAUGACCCUAGAGUUACCUAAUUUAUCUGAACCUGACUUUUCUUAUCUGCAAACUUGCAGUUAGGUUCACAGCACAGUUCUGAUAAUGAUUAAAAAGAAAAUUUAUUGCUUUGAUAAGCUUUCCCUUUGCUGGGACACAAUAGCUGGCACCCACGAUUUAAAGGAGGAGAGAUGUGUUUUGGCUGCUAGCUUCAGGGGAUUCAGGCCAUGAUCCGUUUGCUCCAAAGCAGAAAUGUCAUAGCGGGAAGUCAUGGCAGAGCAAAGAUGCUUAGUUCAGGGUGGUCAGGAAGUAGAGCAGAGGAACAGUGGUUAAGAGGCACGGUCGAGAACCAAAUAAGGGGCCUAAGGUCACAGCCACAGCAGAACUGCUUUACCGUUCACACGAGGCGCUCCCAAACCAUACGAGUUGACGCAGGCUUAUCCGCUGCGUUCUACCCCUUGUCAGUUUGACACCCAAACACGUGUCUUUAAACCACGCUCAGUCUCUACUCACAGUACCACAUGAAUAAUUCCACCUAGUGUGUCACAGCUGUUCUGCGUACAACUGGCAGUGCGAUAAUUCCUCCUCAGAUUCUCAACGGUUCCACCAUUUUCAAAGUCCAAGUCAAAGUCUCUUGAGAUUCAAGGUAAAUUCAGCUCUGAACCUUUGUACUGCAAGGUACAAUGGCACAGAGUAAACAUUCCCACUGCCAAGCGGGGAACAGAAGGAUAGAAAAGAAUUGGGCCAAAGGAAGGCUGAAACCCAGCAGGGCAGACAUUCAGUCCUUUAACUUCAUGCCCAGCAGCAGAAGCAUGUGGCGGUAAGAUGUGAGUUAUAAAGGGCUUGGGUGGCCCCAUCCUACGGCCUUGCCAGUUGGAGCACACACAGCCUGUCUCUGGGCUGACUCCACUCAGCUUGCAGCUUUCCUUGGUGGCUACUCCACAUUUUUGGCAUUUCUGACUUCCUAGUGUCUCCACUGUACCUUUGGCUUUAUUCCCACAGCUUUACAUGCUGCCCUGUCACUGACCUCCCAGACCUUCCUCUGAAUCUGGGCAGAACCCUCUUUGUUCCUACAACUCUUGCAUUCUGCUUAGCAGUAAAACCAGCAUCAGCCACAUGGAUAGUAGCUAGAUCUGUCACCAGCACUGGCAGUAGCCCCCUUUGAACUGUGGCAACAACAGCCUUUGAGUGUCUGGAUGGCUAAGCGUGGUGAAAGGAUCCAUGGGAAGUCAGUUCCCCAUGCAGCCCUUCUUGAAUGAAGGGUCCAGGGCUUCUCUUCUCAAAUGAAAGGUUCAUACUUUUGCAUUUGCGAGGCAGAGGUGGGGUUUUAGUGCUUCCUGAGAUGGCAUCAAGGCAUUUAUCUUCUUCCUUUAUAGAGUGCUUAUUUUCUUUUUCAUGGUGUAAUCUCAUCUGCAGUCACACCUUCUUUGGCCCUAAUUUUACAUGUAGUUCCUUUUAGACCAAAAUUUAAGUUUUAUAAAUAUUUCUGCUCUGUAUUUUGCCCCACAUUCUCACUGUAAAUCUGGCCAAAAGCAGCCAGCAAUACCCAUGCCACAGCCUGAAUGCUGGGUUGCUUUGACAUUUCUUCUGUCAGAUCAGUUAGUGAAUUGCCCUUAAUCUCAUUGUCCUGCAAGGUCUCGUGACAUGGGUACAGUGUCAACAAAUGUUCUGUCAGAAUGUAACACAUGGUCUCCAGCCCUGUUGCUAUCAUCUUUAAUCUCAGUUUCCUGUAAUUCUCAGUACCGGGCAAAAUGUAGACCAAUAAUUCUGUCGGUGUAACACACGUAGCUCUAGCCCAGUUGGUGAUGAAAUGCCCAUUCCCUGUUGAAGCCUCCUGAGCCUCUCUCUACUGUCCACAUAGCAGCAUUCUUGUGUAAGAGUCAGACAAGACUCACCCAUCAGGCUCUACUUACAGCUUUCUCAGGUUUCUCUGCCCUGCUUCUCCAAACUUCUCCAAGCCCCUCCCAUAAGCCAGUUCCAAGGGCUUCUGAAACCCAUGGCCAGAUAGUCAUUGCAGCAGCCCCAACUUUUCAGUAUCUAUUUUCUGUAUUUAUCAGCUUUCUUGCAGCUGAGUCACGAUACCCAACACCCACAGCUUACAGGAGAAAGGAAUGAAGUUGGCUCAUGGUUACAGUGACUGUCUAUGGCUCCAAGACAGAAACAUUCUAAGGGAAGGGCAUAGCGUAGUAAAGAUGCUCAGUUCAUGGUGGCUGUGAAGCAGAGCAGUGGAACAGUGCCAGGAGGCAGGGUUGAGGGACUAGAUACAGAUCCUAAGACCGACCUCCAUGACCCACCAAGCCACACUCAGAAGUGUGCUUCACUGAAUUCCAGGGCAGGUCCCAAGCCAGCAAGUUGACACAAUCAAGUUUAACCACCACACCAACAUACAUGGUUCAGCGUAGUUGCUGCCAGAUAUUAAACAUUUAAUUAGUGUUAUCUGCUGUUACUAUAGCUUUUCUUCCUCAGUUAACUCUUACCUUCAGAAAGCCUUUCUGAUGUAUAUAGCUCUAAUUUUUCUCAUCUGUUUUCUUUUACCACUUGAUUUUAUUUUGGACUACAUAUAUGUCCCAAUGUGGUUGUAUUUAAUUAGUCUUUAGUGAACAACAGUAAGUAUUUGGAUACCUGUCCUGUGCUAGACACUGCACGGUUGUGUAGAGCAGCAGAGUGAUGCUGUGCCUGCAUGUGAGAGAGUGUGUAUGUGUGUGCAUACAUGUUUGGGGGUGGGGGAAGAAAAGUCUGUUGGUUGGAUAAGACUAGGAAUUUUUCAAAAUAAACCAUGGUUAAAGAAUAAAAACUACACUCUCCAGAUAUGCAUUUAAACAGCAUGUAGUUUAAAGGUUUUGUUGUUUAAAAAUAUGCUGGUUAUAGUUAAACCUAUUCUUGAAACAGCUGUAUGUAUAUAUUUUUUCCUGGACACUUUCUCAGAUACAGGAUAGAGAUAGAAAGGCUGUCCUCCUUUGAGAACAGAAUCCCAUUAAGAAGGUUGAUGGGAGAAAGGAGGGUAGGGGUGGCAUUCCAGGCUACAGGAACAAGUGAUCAGAGGCACUGAAGUGUGAAAUAGUGCUGAGUAGGACUGAGAACUGCUCAGUUUGUUGUUAUUAGAGCAUAAUAUUUACAGUCAAACAUGUCAGCAGAUGAGGAAGGAGAGGCUGUAGGAGUUAGCUCUAUCAAAAUUAAGGCUUAUGGAUUAUUUAUUUUUCUAAAAACUCCACAUGUAGGUCCAUAUAGGCAAUUUAUCGUGGGCAGAUUCUGCAUGGUACUUCUAAAAAUGGAUUUGGUCCUUACGUAUGACACGUAGUACAUCUCCUUCAGUUGCUUUUCUCAUAAGAAAAUGGUAAAAAUACUGGUUAAGACAAGGUCUAAUUGGUAAUUAGCUCUCAUUGAAAGUUUAAAAACAGAAAUGUUAAGUAUUAUUUUCAAAAUAUCGUUUGCAACUUCUGAGGCAGGGGAAUCCAAAGGAAACGGGGCUUUGACAAGAUGGAGUCAGCCAGUGAGAACUGUCAAGGGGACCACUACACAUUUUGAUUUUGAAACUUCCAGUGCCCUCCUAAGGAAUUUUAUACAAUAGAAGGCCAAAUGCGUCUAUUUGCAGAUUCAUUUUGUACAUACAUAUUUCAUCAUUUAUAUGUCAAUUUUUAUCAGUAUUUGGCUUGUACUUAUUAGCAUUACAGUUAAAUUUUGACUUCUUUUCUGCCCCUUGUUUUGAUGUUUUAAUACAUUCUCCAUAGUUUACAUAAUGUUGGAUGUUAAGUUUAUGAGUUAUACUUAAUUCUGCCAAACCUUGUAUCUAGUCUUUACUUCCGAAAUAUGAUUUAUAUUAGGUCUUAGUAUUUCCCAGUUGCUUUUCACUCUGUCUUUUGAUGGUUUCUUUUCCUUGGAAAUUAAGCAACAGGACACAACACAAGUCUUUAAGCUCUUAAAGCUUAAAAUUCCCAGGGAAGAAUUAGAUGUGAAAGAAAAAAGCAGUGGAACUUACACAAACUAUAAUUAACCUGAAAAGAGAAUGCAGGUGAAAGAUCUGCAAGAAGGCUAUGGAGGCAAAGAACAAAGAAGAUUGUCUCACUAUAUUUCCAGCACUGUGUAGGGCAGAAUAUACCUUUAUUGUGGGCCUGUGCUUAUCAGAUAACUUUAUAAUUACUGCUCAUGUAUUUGCCUAUAAAAAUUAUUAUUUAGCUCAUUCAAGAGUAUAGACCCCUUGGUAUUUAUAUUCUUCUUGUAAGUGAAUUUUUUUGACAUUUCUAGUUAUGAAACAGCCUCCUUGGAGUUGCGCUUCUCAGGUGAACUGGCCGUGUAAGUAAGUGCCUGAACCAGGCUGAGCUGCUGACUCGCAGUUAUGUGACUCCCUGCAGAUGACGCCCUCUCCAAAGUCCUGCUUGGGCUGCGAAGACCUCUGUUUCUUGGAAAGCUUUUUCUUUUCUAGUGUUUCAUAAAGGUUUUAUGAAACUAUGUCAGUGUAUUAGGCAGCAUUCACAUCACUGGGUACAGUACCCAAUGCAUACGAUUUAAAAGAGGAGAGGUUUAAUUUGGCUCCGUGUUUCAGGAAAGUCAGUCCAUGGUUGGCUGGCCCUAAGGCAGGAACCAGCGCGGCAGAAGCACAUGGCAGAGCAAAGAUGCUUAGUUCAUGGUAGCAGGGAAGCAGAGCAGGGCAACAGUGUUAGAAAGGAAUGGGCUAAGGACCAUACGUAGUACCCAACAUUAUGUCUCCAUGACCCACUCAGACAUACAUGUUAGUGUGCAUUAUUAAUCUACUGUUUCUUAAUCCAGUGCAGGUGGCAAAUCAUGACUAACAGUCACAGACACACAAGUCAGCACACAAACCAUAUGACUGUACUGCAAUAAAUUUCCUCACAGUAAACAUACCCAGGCCUCUUUCAACUUCUAGUUCCGGGUGUUUAUACUGGAGAAAUAUUUUGAUCUUUGGGGAGAGAACUUCAGUACUGGGAAUCGAUCUCAUGACCUCGCGCUUGCCAGGCAGGCUCUGUGCCGCUGAGCGAAAUCCCCAGCCCCCGACAUAGGGAAAUUCUUCGUUGAAUAAAUCAGCAAAGAUACCCAAAAGCAUUUGCAAGUGAAGGAAUAGCACAACCCUGAUCUUGGAUUAUUUCUAGUAGAGAGGACUCAACAGUUCAGCAGACAUCCUCUUGAACUUCCAAGUCUGGUCCCUCCAUUCUUCACCUUCAGAAACAGAGGGCCUUUGAGAAAUAAAUUCCUAAAAGUGCAGUGAGCACACCCAUUUUCAGAGGGAAGACUUGGUCAUCUGUUUUGGCAAUGAGAGCUUGGAUUCGUUAGAUGAAUAGAUCUGUCUACAUAUGCUCAGAAUGCAAUCUGGUGAAAGUACCAGCUUUCUUGACAGACUGAAAGAGAAGGGUGUGUGUGGCUGCAUAUCAUUGCAUUCGCUGAAGGAUUGGGGUGGACGAGCCAUGAGAGGCUACCUUGUGGCCAUGUUCCUGAGCGCUGUCUUCCUCUAUUAUGUGUUGCACUGUAUAUUAUGGGGAACAAAUGUUUAUUGGGUACCACCUCUGGAAAUGAAGCAGAGAUAUAAGAUCCAGCCUUGUUUAUCAAAGCCAGCUUUUGCCUCUCUUCUAAGGUUUCCUCACUUUCACCCUUUUCUGUGUACAGCUGAUUUUAAAAAGAUUGCUUCCAUUUCUGGUAGCAAUAAAUUCUAUUUGCCCUAUGGGAUAAAAACAUCAGCGGAAUAUUUUCGACUUGCUCUUUCAAAACUUCAGAGUUGUGAUCUCUUCGAUGAGUUUGACAAUGAACCAUGUAAAAAGUGUGUGGUGGUUGGUAAUGGAGGAAUUUUGAAGAAUAAGACAUUAGGAGAGAAAAUUGACUCCUAUGAUGUGAUAAUAAGAAUGAACAGUGGUCCUGUUCUAGGCCAUGAAGAGGAGGUCGGGAGAAGGACAACCUUCCGACUUUUUUAUCCAGAGUCUGUUUUUUCAGAUCCCAGUCACAAUGACCCUAAUGCUACGGCGAUACUCACUGUCUUUAAGCCUCUUGACUUAAAGUGGCUGGCAGAAUUGCUGACUGGUGGCAAAAUAAAUGCUAAUGGUUUUUGGAAGAAACCAGCCUUGAACUUGAUCUAUAAACCUUAUCAAAUUAGAAUAUUAGAUCCUUUCAUUGUCAGGACAGCAGCUUUAGACCUGCUUCAUUUUCCAAAAGUGUUUCCCAAAGAUCAGAAUGCGUAUCACAAUGUGACUGCGGAACAGCUCUUUUUAAAGGACAUUAUAGAAAAAAAUUUCGUGAUCAACUUGACAGAAGAUUGACCCUACAAGCUCAGAAGAUUAUACUGACAGUAUUUUAUUUUUAUACUGGAAUUUUUAGUUUAUUUUUAAAUAUGUUGGAUGGACUUGUCAAAUAAUUAUGUAUAUUAAAUCUGUUGCUGCCUGGUGAUUCAUAACCACCAGUUUAAUCUCUGUGAAUAUAUUUAUGAAAACCAAGAAAUGUUUAAUUAUCAGGGAAAAAAGUUUUGAUUACAUUGUGUUCUUCAGAUAAGUUUUUGAGGUCUUUUUUUUAAAAACAUCUUACAGUUAUUUCAUCUUAGACUUUUCAAAGAAUGUGAUUUCCGAAGCAGAGAGAAUUUACUGCAGUGUGACAUUCGGAGAAGUUAAUGUAAACAGGAGGUGUCCUGUGAUUACACCUUGCUGUAGCAAAGUGUAACCCCUGGGCUGUGGAAGUCAUACUACUUUAAUUCAGUUUCUUCCUUCUGUAGUUAAUUAACCAUGAAUGUGAUUAGUAAUAAUUUGGUAGAAGGAAGACAGUGUUUUUUGCUUUUAUUUUUUAAGUUAAAGGAAAUAGGCAAAACAUACAAUUUUGAAUGAGUAAAUGACUAAAUUCAAUUAUUAAA